AUGGCGGCGAAUAGCAUUGGCAGCAGCAGUGGCGGCGGCGUUACAUUUAUGGCAGCUGGUGGUGGCUGUCAAAUGGCCAAAUCCAGACCACUUAUCAACAACAGCAUCAGGAAUAGCAGCACCAGUGAGAGUAGCAGUAGUAGCGGAAAUAGUGGCGGUGUCGGUGGCGGUAUGAGUGGCAGUGGUGGUGGUGGUAAUGUUAUUGUUGGUGUUGGCGUUGGUGUUGCCGCUGCUGCAGCAACAUCCAUACCAGAAGAGCCGGCUGCCUAUGCUUCUGUGGCUGUGGUAAAUGUCAACGCUACAAAUGGUACAAGUAGCCAUAGUGCGUAA